GCGGUGUGUGUUUCAACGUUCUUAGAAAUUAUCCGUUCAAAUCUACGUUAUUAUGAGAUAAUUCAAAAUGACCAAGCUCAGGCCGGCUACGUCGAUGAAAAUCGUCAAGAAGAGGACGAAGAGGUUUACUCGUCACCAGAGUGAUCGAUACGGAAGACUGUCGAACAAAUGGCGCAAGCCCAAGGGUAUCGACAACCGAGUCCGUAGGCGAUUCAAGGGACAGUACCUCAUGCCCAACUGCGGUUACGGAUCUAACAAGAAGACCCGCCACAUGCUCCAGAACGGUUUCCGCAAAGUCACCGUCAACAAUCUGAAAGAGCUCGAAAUGCUCAUGAUGACCAACAAGCGUUAUUGUGCCGAGAUCGCACACACCGUUUCUGCGAAGAAACGCAAGGAGCUCGUCGAGAGAGCUCGCCAACUCUCCAUCCUGGUCACCAACAGGCACGCGAAGCUCCGUCAAGAAGAGACUGAAUAAAGUGCUUCGGUUGUGUGUGAUGUA